AGUGUCUUUCCAUGUGUUUAAAAACAGAGCAAACAUCUCAGAUGCAAAUCGAUUCUUGGGUGCUUUUUAUUUAUUUUUAUUUUUUGACUAUUUUUGUAAGCUAAGAUCUCAUUGUAUAGCCCAGGCUAACUUCAAGCUCAUGAUCCUCCUGCCUCAGCAUGCUCUAAGUACUAGAACCAUACCAUUGGCUUGCUGUUGUGGUGCACACCUUUAGUCCCAGCAGUCUGGAGGUCUGUGAGUUCAAGGCCAGUGUGGUCUACAAAGAGAGUUCCAGGCCAGCCAGGGUUCCACACUGAGACCCUGGCUAAAACAAAACAAACUAACUUGAGAAGUUUGGGGUGUCCUGGCCAGCCACUACUCCUGCUGAGGCUGGGGAGCAGAUGGGCACGCUGGGCGAGGGCCCAGCCCUGGGAAGGAGGCAGUGCCCUCGGCCUCAGCUUCUGUGCUGGGAGCCUGCAGUGGGGGCGGGGAGGGCCUGCAAGAGCCCCAUCCAGGGAGCCACCCUACUAACUUGUGUUUCCUGGCCAGAUGGGACAUCGAGACAGACAGGCUAGGGAACAAUUGAGUGGAGAGAGACAGACGUUUGAUUCUUCGAUAAAUCAGCUGGAGAGAUGGCAGCCGGGCCCGGAUUAAUUUUAGCCCAUUAGCCCUGUGAUUUAAGGGUUCCCUCCUCUCAUCCCCCCCCAUCAGCCUGUCACCCUCCCUCACUGCCACGGCCCCUUUUCUUUCCCACCUGCACUCUGCAAGCCGGACGGAGGACCCCAGGGUCCCCAGGACCUUGCAGAUGGGAGUGUGACUGGGGCCCCUACUUGCACACCCGCUCCCUGGAGCCCCAGACAAAAAGAACCAGUGUGUCUCUGAAGACUUGUGUGUCUGGCUUUGUGCAAGUUACAGAAGGGAGGCUUCACGGGCCGAGUGGACACAAAGCCAGUGUCUGGAUUCCUGGGCCCCAGACAACACCAUCUGCAUGUAAAUGGGAAGGAAAAAUCAAUUAAACAAUCUUUGGGAAUUCCCUUGGAGCUUUGGGGCGCCAAGGGGGAACUUGUGCUGCACAGAGAUCCAGGCUGUUCCUCAUCUCACUCCUUGAACUUUUCCACUUCUUUAUGCAUUUCUUCAUUGUGUGGAACCGCAUGCAUGUGGAGAUCAGAGGGCAGCUCGCUGCGCUGGCGUCUCUCCUCCCACGAAGUGGUCCUCAGGAUGGGUCCUGGCUUGCCAGGCUGGGCCACAAGCUCCACUGCCCUGGAGCUGUCUCCCCAGACCUUACUGUUUUGUUGCUGUUUUGUUUUGUUUUUUAAGGCUUGAGACAGGGUUUCAUCCUGGCUGACCUUGAGGUCCCAAUCCUCCUGCCUCCGCCUCCCCAGCUCGGGGUGACAGGUGUGCACCAUCGUGCCUGCCUCCUUUGAUCGGUUGAUCAAACUGAUUGAUCAGUUUCCAGUCAGGACCUUACUCCAUAGUCUCGGCUGGCUUCAAACUAAAGGUGCUUCUCCUGCCUCAGUUUCCCGAAUGCUGGGAUCACAGAGGGCACUCUCCCUCCCAGCCUUUCUUUAUUUCCCCCCAGGUCUGGGGUGUCAAGGGCCAGGCAGGCUGCCUCUGGCUGGUUUCUGUAGGCUGUCCCUGAGCAGGCCACAGACAUGGUGACAUUCGGGGAUAAUUACUGCCACCACAAGUCUAGACAGACCUGCUAAGGGUACCAGCAAACAAAGAGGGCUUUGUGGAGGGGGCGAGGGAAUCAGUCAGAUGCAGUCCUGCCUGCUUUUGCAAUGGGGGCUUUUCAGGUAGGCGACCAGGGACAAUGCUGCAGCUGAGGCUCCUGCCUGGUGCUUUCCAGGCUGUUGGGUGUCAAGCCAGGAUGCAGGGAGUGCGAUUUGAGGCUCAUGGCCCCCUUCUUCAGGAGGGCUGGAAUCAGCUGUGCAGGGGAAAGGCAGAGGCAGGUGAAGGGUGACACCUCCUUCUGCCUGUCUGUCCCUGUCAGCCAUAGAGUCCCCAUAGGAAGCAGCUUAAAGGGCCUGUGUGUCCAGGAGGCUCCUGGCCUUCCCAGGGGCGGACAGUAGACACCUGCUUGCACCUGGGGCUUCCCGUGUGGAGCCCCGUGUUCCAGGCCGUUCAUCCUGUCCAUACCUGAGUCUGCCAACCGAGGGCGAGCCCUACCCAGGCAGACUCCAGCCGUUGAUUUGGUGUGCAUGGGUUUCUUUUGUCGGUUUUUUUGAGACAGAUUCCUCUGUGUAAUCCUGGCUAUUCUGGAACUCGCUGUGUAGACCAGGUUGAUCUUGACCAAGUGCUUCUCCUGGCCUUGUCUCCUGUGUGCUGGGAUUAAAGGUCUGUGCCACCAUACCAGACAUUUUGUUUGUUUUUUGAGACAAGGUCUCAAGUAGCCCAGGCUAGCCUCCAACUCACCAUCAGCCAAGGCUAACUUUGAAUUCCUGGGUCUUCUGCCUCAGCCUCACAAGUGCUGACAGGUGUGCACCUUCAUUAAUAUCCUGGUAUGUGUCUGUCCGUCCAGCUUGCUUCGGCUUGUGCCACACAUUUAGUGACUUCCAUCUGGAACAAUGUGGGUUCCGUGGGAACAGCACGAGCCUCUGUAGGCCGGGGCAGCCAUCCAUAGCAGCGCUGCCAGGUUCCCGAGGACCCCAGGGCCAUCACAGCUGUUCUCAAGCUGAGGUAACUAGCUUUGAUGGCUCACAGCUGCUCUUCCAGCACAGGGAGGCAACGGCAGGAGGAUUAGGAGGCCUAGAUGGCAUGAGAGAUAGUGACAUCCUGUUCAGAAACAAACGCAACUGUUUGCUAACAUAAGACUUAACUCUUUUUUUUUUUCUUUUGAGACAGUGUCACUCUCUCAGACUCCAUUGCAGGCAUGAUGGUGCUGCCAGCUUCAAAACCUGAAGUGCUGUGGUCCCCGGUGCUGAAGGCCGGUCACCUAUGGUGGCUUGAUAUGUGUGCCCAUGGGUGGGUGGCCUUGUCGUGCCCUGAGCACAUUCCUCAAGAGUUGUGAUGCUGGUGAAUAGUACUGGCUUCCUCUCUUGAUGCCUGGGCCCUGGCUUCAUUUCCUGCUCUUCUUAAGUACAGAUUUAUACCCUGAUUCAAAUAAAAUACACAGGAGUGGGAUCGCCGGGGCUCAUGGGAAACACUGAGAAAGGGUCUGGGUGAGAGGUUAUGGAGUGAUUUGUUUUACUUAUUAGUUGUUGUUUUUUUUUUUUCUUCUUUUGUGUUUUCAGGACAGGGUUUCUCUGUGUAGCCUCAAACUCACAGAGAUCUGCCUGCCUCUGCCUCGCAGAGUGCUGAGAUUAAAGGAGCUGGAGAAGCUGGGCCUUGGGGACAGCGUGGACCUGCAUGUGUACCAGAUCCCGGUGGAGUACCAGACGGUUCAGCGGCUCAUCCCCGCACUCUGGGAGAAGCACAGCCCACAGCUGGUGGUGCAUGUUGGUGUGUCCGGCAUGGCCACCACAGUGACACUGGAGAAAUGUGGACACAACAAGGGCUACAAAGGCCUGGAUAACUGCCGCUUCUGCCCCGGCUCACAGUGCUGCGUAGAGGACGGCCCGGAGAGCAUCGACUCCAUCAUCGACAUGGAUGCGGUGUGCAAACGGGUGACCACGCUGGGACUGGACGUGUCUGUCACCAUCUCCCAGGAUGCUGGCAGGUACCUAUGUGACUUUACCUACUACACCUCGCUCUACCAGGGCCGUGGCCGCUCAGCUUUUGUCCAUGUGCCCCCGCUGGGCAAGCCCUACAAUGCCGACCAGCUAGGCCGCGCACUGCGGGCCAUCAUUGAGGAGAUGCUAGGUGUCCUGGAGCAGGCGGAAGGGGACAUCGGCUGUUACCACCAGCACUGACAGCCAAGCACCCCUGGGUGCCGGGAGAAGGGACACAGCCGGGCCCAGGGAAGUCCUGAUACACGUCUGUCCCUCCUCCUGGCGGACCACAGGUGAAUGGACGCUCUGCCUGGAUAGCACCCUGUGUCUGGGGACACAGCUGCUGUGCCUGAGGCCAGGCGGGGGACUGCUGACCUGCGUGCCUGCCGGGCCGCACACUCUGCUUUUCCAGGUCUGUGAACAGGGAGUUGGAGCUUUCCCUGUGGCUGGGGUCUCAGAAGCACCAUAAAGAAGUCUGGCUCUAAUCCAUGUCCUCAACCCUGGAUGUCCCCGGCAAAGCCACCGGGGUUGGCUGCCUUUUCUCUCCUCUCUGUCUCUAAUCUCUGUUCCUGCCCAUCCCCCAUGUCAUUCCCCUCCUCUCCAGUGCUAGAUUAGUGAACAGAGUAAUUUAUAUUCCCAUUUUUAAAACUUCAGGCUUAGCCAACAAGUGUCUUUUCUUUCUCCUGGGGCCUCUUUUGCCUCCUGCCCCCCAAAAAUGCCAUCAUACUUUGGGUCUCCAUAGUGGGUCCCUUGUGCUCAGAAGAGCAGGCUGUUAUGGCCACCAAGAGCCUGGCCAAAGUGGCCUCUGGUGCCUGUGGGGAGCUGACCCUGACCUUCUUCUCUUGUUUUCUUUUUGAUUUUUUUUAGACUCUAAAAUUUAGAGUGUUUGUUGUCAUUUUUUGAGAUGGGGUCUCAGGUAGCCCAGGCUGGCCAUUUGAAUUUAUUCUGUAAGGAUCUGAGCUCCUGGUCCUCCAUCCUCCACCUGGGACCCUCACAGUGAACCAUUACCCAGCAUCAGUGCAUUUUCUCCAUCAUGACAUAGGCAGCGUCUAGUGUCCCUUGGGGACCUGGGGCCAGCAGCUACAGCCCAGGCCUGUCUCUGCACGUUGCAUCAGCCACAGGGACGUUCUGUAAGCUGUUUGGAAGUGUGCCUGGGACUCCAGCCAGCCUUUGUCUCCUACUGACUUUGAACUUCCAGGCUGAGAGGGGAGGGGCUGUCAGCAGGGGCUGGUUUUGACAUGUGACCUGGACUUGAUCCAAAACAAAAUGCAGUCUCUGCCACCGGAAGCCACAUACAUUUUGGCACUGCCUUCUGUUUUGUGGAGGGACAGAGGAAAGCCUCAAAGUCCCCAGGUGCAAUUGGAUGGAUCUUGAUUCUGGGUGACUUCUCAUCCCUGGAUCUUUUUGUUGUUUGUGAGACAGGGUCUUAUGUAGCCCAGGCUAGCCUCCACUGCACUGUGUCACUGAGGCUGACUUUGAACUCCUGACCCUCCUACCUCAGCCUGCCCAGUACAGGACAGAUGGCAUUCCUCUUGGGCCCGGCUACUUUUAAGCUCAAAUGUUGGCUGUUCCAAUGUGGUUUCCUCUUGCCACCGUCCUGUUGAUCUGUGUCUGGGCUUUCCCUGGUGCCACUUGCGGAUCUGGGUGCUGCGGGAUGACUUGCUGUCCCUGCAAAAACAACUGUGGGUUUAGGCCAGCAGUUUACAUAAACAGGGCUCUGCAGCCCCUGCCCUGCGCUAUCACCCCCCCCCCCCCCCGUGAGGGGAGCGCCCCCAGCUGAACGUGAGCAUGGUUCUUCUGCCUGUGGAGGCUCAGGAGUAAGAGUCCCCCAGAGCAGGGGGUUUUAUGCCAUGGAGACCAGGCAGGUGACCUGAUUCUCCUGCCUCAGCCUCCCCUGGCAUGACAGAGAUGCAGCGCUGUACCUGGCUUCUGUUCCCAUGUCUUUAUUUGGUCUUUGUGUUUUGAGGCAGGGUCUCUCUACCUGAACUCUGUAGCUCAGGCUGGCCUUCCAACUGUGGCAAUCCCCCUGCCGCAGAUGUCAUUGCCUGGCAAAUUAUCUUCAGGUGGCCGCCAGGCAGAUUCCUCAGAUCUCAGGCAGGACCCUGGAAGGGAGUCGGGUGUGUAGGAAGGCUGGGGAGGGCGCAGCCACUGCAAAACACAGCUCCAUCCUUCCUCACUUCACCUGUGCUGGGACCGUCAUGCCCUGCUGUUCGGAGACGGGACCUGCCCUCUUCACGGUGUGUGUGUGUGCAUUUUCUAAUUCCCGCUGCUGAGCUGAGGGGAUCUGGGACAGGAGGCUGGGCUCUUAUUUGUUUAUUUAGGCACCCAUUAAAUAAGCCUCUGCCCUGGCCCAAAA